UUCCGGACGGGCAGUAACGGGUGAGUGCCAGCGCCCCAUCCCCCUCCAGAAGCUCACACCAGGCAUCAAUGAGCUUUCCAGGUGGCUUUGUCAUGGAUGAAACUGUUGCCGAGUAUAUCCGAGCAACUGUACAAAAAAUCCCACGAAAAGAAAUCAAGACAAUUCUACAGGAAUGGGGCUUUCUGUCUGAGAAGCAGCUGCAAACCAUAAACUUCGGUCAGAUAAAGAAGCGCAUCGCUUACGAUAUUUUUCAGCUGUGUGAGGAAAUACCUGGAAGCAUAAAGGAAGCAGCUGUCCUAGACAUGAUCUACACCCAUGCCUAUGCACAUAAGAGAACAUGGAAAGUAUACAAGCUUCUCACAACAGUAGAGAAAGAAACGAUGUAUUUUGACAGAAGAGAUUUCGAAAAGAAAUUUAAAAGAAAACUUCGUUCAGCCUUGGGAAAGGUGACCAUCAACUUUAGAGAGUAUGAGGAUAAUGCAAUCUGGAUUAGGAUUGCCUGGGGAUCACCGCGUCGGGAGCCAAACCAAUACAGAGCCAGCUAUGUUGUAUACCAUUCACACGCUCCUUAUGUCUUUAUUUCUUUCUCGCAAUAUAGGAGCAACUUCCCUCUGCUCUGUCAGGCCCUGGUUGCUGCUUCCUAUUCCCAUGACAUCUGUUCAAUGGAGCUUCAAGGUCGUUAUUUAAACUCCCUUAAAGACUGUGUGUUUAAAAGAUAUAACCAGAACAUCCAGACUUUUUAUUCUGAACCUCUACAGGAACAGAGUGUAGAACCAGAGAGUGAUUCAAGGUUAGUUUACGAAAACAGAAAAACUAAAGAAAAAAUACGGAGAAUGAAUCAGCAGAUUUUUGGUAAUGAUCCCCUACCGAAACUUGAAUAUGUACAAUAUGAGCUUCAGACGAUGUUUAAAAGUUAUCCUGAACAGAAUGUUUUGCAUCGAAAAGAACCGUUCAGAUGUCUGGUGAAGUUUUCUAGUCCACAUCUCUUAGAAUCAUUGAAAUCCCUGGCGGCAACGAGUAUGGUUGAUGCACCGCUUUCACCACUGCUUAUCUCUCUAUUACGCAGACCUAGGACCUAUUUUAGAAUUAAAGAGAAAACUGCUCAAUUUCCAGAAGGCUUUCUAAGUCCCUAACUUAAGACCAAUUCACAGAGGAAUAUACAAUUCAUUUAUUACUGGUAUUAAUCUAAACCACUGUAAAUGUUAAAGAACAUC